GUCAUAACAAGAUCGCAUCGAGGUGCGGCGCACAUUCUUCGGUUCGUUCCACACAUCGCGCGCACAUGUUUAUUCGAUUCGGGUUGUAAUUUUUUGGUGGAAAUAGUAAUUUUGCAGUGAUAAAGUCUGAUCGACUUGCUUAAAACUGUAGUGCUUUAGUAUAGUGCGACAAAAUGUCGAUCAAAGAGUCGAAAAAGCACGGUAAACAUCGAAAUUCAAACGGUGAAGUUCAGAAGUCAGAACAGGUCCAGCCAAAGCAAGGCAAGAAGAAGAUUGUGUUCGAUGAUGACGGUGAACAGAAGGAGGUUCCCGUUGUUACUCCCGUAGGGGAGUCUGGGGCGAACAACGAAAGUGGCAAGAAAGGGAAGAAGCAGCAGAAGAAACCCAAGGAAGUCCCGAGAGAACCGGAUUCUGUGGAUACGGUGGAGCGCCGCUGGUACGAACAUUACGAUGGGUAUAAUACGGUUGGGGAGCUGGUGGAGCUGAAGGAUGCGGAGAUAGCCGAGCUUAGGAAGCUCUGUCGGGUGGCUUUCGAGGCGGAGAACCGUGCCUUGAUGAAAAACAAUCCCUCAGAUGCCAAAUGGUUGCUGACGGCGCUGGAGAAGGGUACUUCUCGGGACAGGGCCAAUUCCGGAGCACUUCUUGUACAGACAAAUCAGCUGUGCAAUUUGCAGGCUUUGGAAACGGUGGUGGGGAUGGUCAAGUUGUCUAAUAAAGGCCACCUGGAUGUGGUGGAGGUGCUCUCGGAACUGAUGCUGAAUUCCGUUAUGCCAUACGACAGGAAACUUAUAUCGAUUCCGCUGAGAGGCGCCGAUUGGAAGAACGUUAAGAAACAGGAACUGGAGAAGUCCCUGAGGGAUAAGAUAUACGCUUACUGGCACUUCGAGGAUGCGUUAAGAGACGUGUACUUCACGUUCUUGAACAAUCUGUCGGCGAUCAUCCAAACGGGUCAGGAUAACAGUAAGAUGAAGAUCAUACAGUAUGCUUCCAAGUUGUUCACAAUGAUUCCGGAAAAGGAAGCUUAUCUGCUGUCCAUGUUGGUCAAUAAGCUGGGAGACCCCAGCAAGAAAGUGGCCGUUAAAGCCCUGUAUCAUUUGACCGAAGUGGUGAAGAAGCACUCGGCCAUGUGUCCGGUGAUUGUAACCGAAACGGAGAAGCUUCUGUUCCGGAACAACAUUUCAACCAGUGCGCAACAUUAUUCCUUAUCGUUCCUAGCAUCGAUCAGUAGUUUCGGGGAUUUCAGCUCCUGCGAGAAGAUGAUCAACAUUUGCUUCUCGUUCUUCAAGAUCCUAACCGACAAAGGUGAAAUCAACUGCAAGACCAUGCAGGCCAUCUUGACGUGCCUCCGGAAGGCGAUUGGAAAUGUUAAACGCGACGUAGAUAUUGCCAACUUCGUUAAACCGGAAGUCUUGAACACGGUUUACCGAAUGAUCCAUCUAGCGGACAUUUCUAUCGCUUGUCAAGGUCUAUCACUGUUACUCGAAAUCACAGAAUCGAAAGGAGUCGAACAGAACCGUUUUUACAAUGCUCUGUACCGGAAGCUGCUUGACCCCCAGUUGGGCACCGUAGGACCCCGAAUUUCGAACAUAUUCUUCUACAUCAUUCACCGGGCGAUCCAGAACGAUCCCAUCCCGGAGCGGGCGCAGGCCUUCGUCAAACGAUUGCUUCAGGUGGCGUUCAAUUUCCCUCCGGCCAAGGUUUGCGGUGUGUUGAUCAUCGUCAGCAAAGUGCUCCGGAAACGGAAGCACCUGCACCUGGACGGACAGUCCCCCACAGAAAACGAAGAUGCAGUUGAACAGCCAGUUGUGCUUGAAAAUGGCGAGCAGCAACAGAAUGAGGACGACGAUGAGGAUAAGAAGCCCACCAUUAAGAAAGAGUGUAACCGAAAAGUGACGCAGUACGAUCCGUUUCACCGGGCUGCGGAAUACGCCGGGGCAAAGUACACAAUCAAGUACGAGCUGACCCGGUAUCUGGAGUACUUCCACCCGACGGUCAAAUCUUUCGUUCAGAGUAUUUUGACUAAUUCCCCGCUCAGCUACUACGGUGACCCAUUGCGGGACUUUUCGCUGGGACACUUCUUGGAUCGGUUCGCGUUCAAAAAUCCGAAAAAGCCCAAAACCGAGGAGAACGCCGAGGGCGAGCAGGUACCGAAGAAGAAAAUUCUGGGCGUGGCUCAACGGAAGGGCGACUACGUUCCAAGCGGAUCGCGUGGACUUCCGGUCCACUCGCUCACCAAGGACCACUGCACCGAGGAUGAGCAGUACAUCUUCCAGUUCUUGGAGCAAAAGCGAGAGCGUCUGCGUGAGGCAAAGGAGCAAAUCAAGGCCAAGAAGGCCGAAAAAGGAAUCGUGGAUGAAGAUGACGAUCUGUCCGAUGCCGAAUCGUUGGACGACGAUGAGUUCGAUUCGUAUCUGGAUCGACUGGGAGUGCCGGGUGGAGAUGAUGGCGGUGCGGACAUUGAUCAGGAGGUGGACUUCAUGAACGAAUUCGAGCAAGACUUGGCCAAGAAGGCCGACAAGAAAAAGAAGAAACGUGGCGCUGCCGAAGAGGAAGAUGAUGAAGACGAGUUCGGCGGUGGGAUGACGAUGCGCCGGGUAUCGAUGAUGACGAUGAGGGUGGUUUGGAUGAUGACGUGGACCUGGAAGAUGGCGAAGAGGAUGUCUUCAGCGAUGGCGGAAGCAUUUCUUUGGAUGAGAACGAGAUGGACGACGAUGGAAGAUGAGGAUGAUGAACACGACGAGGAAGACGCACCAAAGUCCAAGAAAAAGCGAAAGGAGGGUGCUGUGAGCGAACGGGAAUUCCAGAAGAAGCUCAAGACAGGAGACUUCAAUUCCUUGUUUGCCGCUGCGGACGACUUUUCGGAAAUGCUGGAAACGAAUGUGGGUGCGAAGGAUAGCAAGUCGCACGGAACGCUGGGAGAAAUCUUCAACCGAGAUAACGCUCCCUCGAAGCAGAUGGAAUGGGAACAGGCACGGUUCAGCGGUAAAAACAAAAUGCAGAGUGGCAAGAAGCGGUUCAUCAGUAAAAAGCACGGUUCCUCGUCCGGCGGAGGAAUGGGUGGCAGCACAAAGUUCAAAGGCGGUAAGGUGGAAAAGAGGCAACCGAAGUCGUUCGGUAAGGCUAAGAAGGGCGGCGGAAAGGUAGGAGGUAAGCGAAGAAAGUAGAUUUGUAGAAUUUGGGAGUACCAGCACUUAUUCUGUUUCAAAUAGUUGUUAAUCAUAAACAAUGUCCUUCAGUACA